ACAAAAUGUCUGACUUAACAUAAAUAAAGUAACUUCUAUUACCUCACUUCAUGUUUCUUGUAUGUAUCCAUGCAGUUUGACCCAUUUUAUUUCCAGUUAGAAAAUAACUAGAAAUACCCAGCUGGGCUGUUGUUUGUUUACCCUGUACAUGUCCUUGGCAGUUCUAAUGCCCUGCUUUGGGUUUGCUCUGGCACUGGAAUACUGCACCUUGUCCUUUGCCCUGUAGGUGCUGUUACAGACUCUGAGGAGGAGCCGCACGUCACUCAUCCUGGCUGGGGAAAACCCCAUCAGUAUUUUGCGACAGUAACGUUGCCAGUGCAAAAAGUGAAAUAGAACAGCACAGUCUCAGUAUGUUCCUCUACAUUCUCGCUCUCAAACAGUGACCAUUCGGUAUCCAUGAAACAGUCCUGUCACAGAGACGGCCUGUUCUGGCCAGAUUUUAACCUUUUUUGUGAGAGGUUUGGAUCUAAUUACUAACAGCAGUUUUAUUGAAAAGGCAUACUCACAAAGCACAGGAGUUACAGUUUGUAAAUAAUUAUCAUUAUUCAAUAUAAAGCUACCCUCAUCAGCUACCUUAGUCACGACAGGUAGCAGAGCAUGUUGAUUUCAUGGUCACGUGAAUCACUACACUAUGCAGCCAUCAUUGUUUAAUAUAGUUUGUUUUUUCCUUUAGAUCAUACACAAAAUCUUAAUAGACCCUGUUCAUAGCAGACACUGAGAAGUCCUAAUAGAGGAGCUGACAGUAACUAGUGUUCUUUCCCCAGUAAAAACUUUGUGGUGUCCUGCUGAGGGAGUGCCUCCAACACCAGCGCUGAAGCAGGUCUUGUGUAUUGUUCACACCUGUCUUCCUCUGUUCCUCUUUGUCUCAUUCAGUAAAAUCUGGGUCAGGCUUGUGCCCGUUCAGCCUGUGGCUACGCCCCCCACCCAAAACCCGACAUGACUCCUACGUUUUCCACAGGUCACCGGUGUCUAUAAACCAGCUCUGUAAGCUUGUCCCGACCCAACAACCAUCAACGUUAUCAGUGAUGAUGCGAUGAUUCGCGCACGUGACUCGCUCUUUGUUACAGACUCCACCUCUUUCACGUGAACGCGCUUUAAGCCGAAUUAGAAAAUCCAGGGUUAACAAAGCUCGCUGAUAGACAGCUCAAUGACACCCUUUACCUUUGCUCGCUUCCGGUUUUUUCGAGACUAACUGAUGAUGGGACUCAUGCCGUAACUAACCGUGGCAUCGAUCAAGCUCGGCUUUACUCCGUCUCGCGACCGCGGGUUACGAUUUGAUUACUAAAUCUAGCAUUGAAACAUCUCGGAUAACUGCGCGUCCCCGCUCCUCCACGAAGGGAAGAUCAGUCGCACGCAGAAACCCGGAUCGAAAUCCAUGAACGCAGACGGAGAUUUUCAGAUAAUGAGGAAACAGGAGAGGGCGCAUUUUUUCAGCUCCAAAGAGCAGGAGCUCAUUCUGAAGUUGUAUGAAGAGGAGAGAGAGAUACUGACAGCUAAAUCCAACACCACCAGUGCCUCUAAACUCAGAGAGGAAGCCUGGCAGAGAAUUGCUGAUAAAAUAAACGCGGUCUCAGACAGUGGCUACAAAAGGACAUGGCAGCAAGUGAAAGUCAAACACAAGAACAUUGUGCAAACAGCAAAAAGGAAAAGGGUUGCAAUGAUGAGAAACGACGGCGGCUCGGCGACCCCGUCUCUGAACUCGGGUGAGGACGACGUGCUGCAUCACAAAGACAACGGGCUGAGGGUGGAGGUUCUCCCCGGAGGCGCCUGUAUUGACCCAGCAGCUGUGUCUGACAGCUCUUUCAUGAGCGUGUCGGGCCACCCUGUCCUCCUGCUGCCCAUAACAAAGACUGAACCAGAGAGCCUCAGCAGCGACGAGACGGACAUUAGUGACACUCAGUUUGAGGGGGACGUUCACGGCAGCAGCUUGCAGGAGGGCGCCAACGCAGCUGGCGCUACAGCUGGUGGCAGAAGCGGAGAGGUGAGAAGCAGACAGAAAACCUCAGGUCUCUCUACUGCUCCUACCUCAAGAAGGAGAUCGAGAACCGGGACCAAGAGAUGGCUUACAGAGCACUUAAAAUGAGGAAGCUGGAGAAAGAAAUCUUAUUACUUGACAAGCAGCUGAUGUGAUUGCAAGGAAAAAACAAAAGUACUUUUAUCCUUUUAUGUGGAAAAACAAGAAUUUGUUGAAAUGACAAGUUGCCUUUUACCCCGGCACACUCACAGAGGCGUGUUUAGGUUGUAGUUGGCUGCAGCUGUAGGCAGCAUAAUCUCUUACAUGCUGGUCAAGGUUGUAAUGAUACGUGUCAGUACCCUUUUUUUUGCAAUAUUGCAUCACACAACUUAUGCAACGGUGCUGAUGCUGCCGUACACCGAUUCUCAGACCACGAGAGUGUUUAAAGCGCACUGAUGGAAGGCAGCAUGGCUGCUUGAGGGUUCACAGUAGCAUGUAAGUGGAGCCUGUGAGAGCACCAUGUUCUCUGUACUCUACCACAGCAGGUUUAAAUGAACGAAUGCAACAACAGAUGGCUUUAAUGUCAGAAGAGAUUUUUAGGACCUUUUAUAUGUAUUUGUGACAACUGGUCCAACUCUUAUGCUUAAAAUUUUAAAUUGAAAUUCUCAAGCUCCUUGGAAAAUGUCCUGAGGUCCAGGAAAGAUGUGACAGAGAGUUCUUGCUGAUCCACUUUUAUUAACCUUUCUCUGAAGUCACAUUAAUGGAUGCCGUUGCUAAGCAGAUGCAGCUAAUGCAGUCGGUGUUCCACCAGAACCCUCGCUCUGUUUUGAUUAUUUUAUUCCGGCCAAUCGUGGUUAUUUAUAGAGCCACUUCAUUAAACCACAAAGUGUCUCACACAAGGAGACAUCUUCAUGACAUGACAGAUUUGUAACAGUUCAUCAUUUUCUUGCGGUUGCCUAAACGAAGCUCAGCGCAGGAGAUUAUGUGAUGACUUGCGUCAUUUCUCAGUCAUGUUGGUUUUUUAAUACAGGAUGCUCCAGCCUAUCCUCUGCUAAAGGAUAGGAAGCAUCUGAGCAUCUUUAGUGUCCAAGGUAUUUCACCAGCUCUUAUUAUGGCUGCCAUGCAGAUACAUCUGAGUCACUUUGCUCAGUUGGAAACCUUCUAAAGCAAAGCUGACUCUUUGUUUUUAACCACCAGCACGCAGAAAAUUGGUGCUAACUGUUCUGUCACUGCUGGAGGCCUCCUAAUAAACAGGCCACUGGGUCACGUGAUUUUCAAACGGAUAAACUUUGCAGUUUAUAAGAAUCGUUGUCUGCUCUCUCUCUAUGAACAGCUUUAACUCUCUGACAUUUAUCUCCAAAGAGUGAUGUAAAAAUCAAGAGGUUAAGAGUAGAAAAAACUGAACUGUUAAUCAUUAUGUUGAUUAAAUAUGAAUUUUGGUAAAAGUGUGGCUGCUUAGUGUAACUAUUACUACUUCAUAUCAUCGCUGUUGAGUCCGGUGUACCGGAGAAUGGGUUGUGAAGACAUUUAUACAGAGACAGGUGUGUCCUUGGACUCCCACAGUGCACUGCGCGCUUGUUUGUGGGUCCAGAGUUCGCCGUUAGGCGUGGACAUUGUCCAGCAGCUGCACGUCCUCAGGAGGCUUGGACACUAAAUCGAAAUGUCUGGGCUGGACUGAGAGUGAAAACAGCGCUUCCUCGCCAAAAAUAUUAAACUCGAGUCCCUCCUUGUGAACAGCUGCAUGCUUAAACGUCUCCCUCUCUCACCUGAUAA